AUGACGAAAAUAUAUCAUCCGAAUAUAAAUCCUAAUGGUAGUAUCUGCUUAGAUAUCCUCCGUGGACAAUGGUCACCAGCCCUCACAAUAUCGAAAGUUCUACUCUCAAUUUGCUCACUAUUGACGGACCCCAAUCCAGAUGACCCUCUAUGCCCGGACGUCGCACGCCAGUACAAAACAGAUCGUAAGAAAUACGAUGAGUUAGCUCGAGUGUGGACACAGAAAUAUGCUAUGGAUCCUUGA